AGGGCAGUCUUAUCUGGAUCUCUUACAGGACAAACGUCGGAGCGAGACGCAUUAUUCGUUCAAUAUCUGCGAAGCGGUGAUAUCGCGAAAUGGCCGGGUAAAUUGUCAGGAAGAAAGCUCUGCCCUUAUGUGCAUUCGAUAUCGAAGUUGCUCGAUAUUUUACGCGUCUCCGAUACUCGCCUGUACUUUUGCAUUUUACUUAUUCCCUCAGUUUUGCAUUCUACAUGCAUAACGCACAUAACGUGGCUACGUAAGAGGCGAGCCGAGUUUAAAAUAUAAAUCUCUGUUCAGUGAUGGAAAUGAAAUAUUUCCGAAUUUAAGGAAAUGUAUCAUAUGUUUCCGUGGAACGGCGUAAUGUAAAAACGUGGAAUAUUAUGGCCACCCAAAAGUGGCCGACAAAGCCCUGGAAAUAAAUAAUUCAGGCCUAGGAAAGCUCGUCGAUAUACGGCUUUUGUCGUGUCCGAGCAUAGACGUUGCAUAAACGUCACCUAGUUAAAAAUGCUCCUCUGAAAACAAUUUCAAUUACUUCGGAGGGAGUUUCUACCUCCUGCCGAAGAAGUUCUUAAAAAUCCCUAAGGAUGCUGUACCUAAUCCACCUUAGUACCUUACAAUGUUUUGAGUAUUUCUAAAAGUAAUUACAUAUCCACCCUGAUUUAAUUACCCGAGAGAUUUCCUUGACUUCAGCCUCUGUCUCAGAAAUUCCCGAAGACAUUCCCCGGAUAGACAGUGAUGGAAAAAUUGAAACAAAGUUAAGUACAUGCAGUGUCUCGACGUUAGUACGCGUAGCAUAGCUAAAUUAAUCACACGCAUUACCGAUAAAAAAUUGCGGCGUCUGUGGCUCACAUUUGAGCCAUUACGUGACAAAUUUACCGGAAAUUUUUCCCGAAAUUUAUUCUCCAUCAUGCGUGCAUACAUUGCAGAUACUUUAUGCAGCAAAUGGUAUGCAAAUUUUCUUGUAAAUCGAUUUAUCUCAUCAUAUGAUGAUCAUGAAUUUCUAUCUGGGUUGUCACGAGUAAUAUGCAUAUCGGAGUACCUACGUUCAUUUCAAUGAGUUUUCGCGGUACGUUUGCAAACUCGGCUCGCAAACGUUACGGUUGGCAUCGCCUUGGUCGUAUGUUUGUCGAUUUAUAUCCCGGGGCUUUUCACCUAGGGCAAUGCCAGACGACAUGUACGAAUGUAGGGACGUACAUGUCGCCCCUCGAAUGUCGAGAAAGAGUGAACCGUGUCGUGUGGGACGGUACUUACGAGUUAAAGCCCUCUGUAAGACGUCUUGCUCUAGAGUAUGAACUCGAGACCAGAAGUCGUAAGUCGUAACUUUCGCGGUAAGGGAAGGUAAGUACACAAGGCUCCUCUCACACCGGAUUUCCCUCUUCCGUCUGCGGUGGGAUGUAUGAAAUUUGAAUUUUCCCCGUUAAUAUUAAAAUUUCAUGAUAUUCUUACGACAAAUCCAUGAUUUCGAUUAGAAACGCUAAAAUGUGCGGUGGGAUGUAUGAAAUUUGAAUUUUCCCAUUAAUAUUAAAAUUUCAUGAUAUUCUUACGACGAAUUCAUGAUUUCGAUUAGAAACGCUAAAAUGUAUCCGGAGAUCGUGAAUGAUUUAUCGCAAGGUGAUUUCGAUUAAUUCGAAGGAUGGAAGGGGUGAUUUUAUUUUAGAGAUGUCUAGGGUGGAAAAAUGAAGUUCCAAAAGAGGCGACGUCGAAGAUCCGACGAAGGAGUUUCGAGGACUUCCGAAAAUGAAAAGCCAGUUGGAAAUGACCCUUAACGACCCAAGAAAUCUCCCUCGGCUUGCAAAUGGGUCAUCGCCGUGAUUUCUUAGGAAAGAGACAUUAUCCGGUCAUUGAGAUGAGUUCUCCCGCCCCUUCUUAAAAAACAAAGAGCCGAUAGAAAAUGGACCGCUCGAGAGUGAAAGUAACGCACCCUUUGACAAAUUACGCCGCUAGCCAAGCUGUACAUGUCACCCUCCUUAUUAUUUUAAUGUAUUCCGUUCCUGGGGUCUAAAAACCCACAUUUAUCGCCGAGAAAAAAAGGAAAAACUCUGUAUCACUUCGUCCCCCUUUCAAGCAGCCAUUUGCAAAAUAAAUCCAAGAGGAGAAAUAAUCGCGGAACGUCAAUCACGCUGGUGAAAAAACGUAAUUGCAUCCCUCGUACUACACCCCCGCCUUGUAUUUCGCCUCCUUCGUUAGCUCGCUAUAUAACUAAAACCUUACAUAUUUUCCCUUAUUCACGGUAUAAAUGGAAAUAUUAGCAUCCUACAUCGACCAUAAAAAAAAAAAAAGAAAUAGAAUUAAAACUUACUGGAUAUAAAAUAAUUCCCUCGAUAUGCCGUAUUUUUCCCUGGUUCUAGAAAAAUGGCAAACCUGUAGAAAAGUCGUGUAUUAAUAAUAAAUGCCAGGGGAAAAAAUGGGCUCUAGACAAUAUGCCUCUAAUAUUCCGCUCUAUCCAAUAUCUAUUGUAUAUGCGUAGUCACGGAAGUCUCGUUAAAGCGCAAUGUCUAGUCUUAAAAGGUAUAAACGGCGCGUAGCGUAAAGGCUUCAUAAUCCACGUGCUAUAUUCGAGCCAGUUUGUCCCCAUCUCGUGGUGCUCCUUGUGGCGGUACUAAUGGAAUAUCUUUCUGUGAUCUUUUUCCUGCGAUCGCAACAUGCACUCGGGCUGUUCAGCUGGUCAAACCGAUCUGCAUCUUCAGGCGAAGUCGAAGUUUGCCCGACGAGAGCGAUGCGACCGAUCGUGCCGCGAAACUGCAAGACUUCCCCUCGUCGAGAUCAGGACUGGACAGCGUGUCCAUGGACGCGAAGGACGCGAGCAGCACCACCGACGAGGACGAGAACUUCAAGGAUGCCUCAUCGGUGACCCCGACCCGAAGUCCCGAUUUAACUCCACCUAAGUCACCUGGAGGAACCCCUGGCGAUCCAUCGGAAAGUGCAGGAAAAGGGACCCUUGAAGAAUCGUGGGUUCGAAAAUCGAUGCCUUCAAGGGAGCCCAGGGUUGUUAAGGACGAGUCCUCGCCGCGGAAGAAGAGGACGUCAGAGGGGGCGGAAGAGUCCUCUGGGACCUGGUUCACGGGGAAAAAAGCGCUAGAAGAAGAGGGUCAGUCUGUCAUUCCCGUCUCGUCGCCCACAUCGAGGCAUCCGAAGGGCGAGGCAUCGAAGCCCAGGACGAUCGAUGUCGUUCCAGGAGACUCUCUUGACCCGGAGGUUGGCUCCUCUCUCGAGAGGAACCUCGGCCAGAGGGUGCCAGAGGGGAAACCGCACGUGAAGAUCAAAGGCCAGGUCGACCAGGAAUAUCCAGAGAUCAGAGGGAAAGAGUCCAUGGGAACUUGUCCCCCAGAAGUCGGGAGAACCAUUGCAAGGGAGAAGUUCCUGGAAGAGGGACAGCGAGAGCCUGAAUUCGAGGUGGAGGUUGCCAAGGAGCUCGCAGAGCGGGAGGAAAUCCCCAAGGAUCAGGAGUCCCUAAGGAAGAGAGCUCCAAGGACUCGCAAGGAAGCUCGAGUGGGGAGACUGGAAGAGGAGAGUCCAUCCGGCAGGAAGGAUUUCCCGGGGCCUUCCGGGACUAGGACCGCCAAGGAGAGGAGGACACUCCUGAAGGAGCAGGAGAGCAUCGAGAGAGUCACCGAGUUCCUGGCGAAGCACAGCGCGGGCUCGGUCUUCGGCCAAGAGGUGCAUCAGAUGGAGAGCCAACUGUCCGAAAAGCGAGCGGAAAAGCCCCGGGAAAAAUCGGAGCCGUCCACCUCUGCCGAACUCAUGACAAGGUCGCAAGAGCCCAGGGCGACGCGAACUUCAGAGGCCGACCAGCUGGUUCCGGACCAAGGAAUCCUUGCCAGUACCUCGAUAGACGUUGAAACGAAUCUCGGACCACCUGCCGAGGCAUCCCCGGAGGAGAUCUUUGCCCUAAAAGUGCCGAAGGAUGUGAAAAAGUCACCGAAAGUCGAGCCUCCGGAGAGGCGCGUCGGAGAGGACGCCGAACGUUCUCCAGGGGUGGAAGAGGUCUUUUCGCCGGGGAAGGUUGUCAAAAAGGGCGUGACGAUACAGGAGGACGUGCAGAGGAUAUUCUACGAGGAGCCCCUGGACCAGGUGGCGAUCCUACCGGAGGUACAUCUCGUAACUGCCAGGAUCGUCCCUGUGGAGGAAGUGUCCAGCAAUCUCGCGGCAAUCGCCAUCGAGUCCAGCAUCAGGUCCAUCUCACCACCGAAGAUCAUGAGAAAUCAGCUUCUGGACAGGCUCGAUGGAAGGCGAACUCCUCCUUCGGAAUCAGCUCUACCCGAGGGUGGCUACGAGCAGCUCCAGCUGCAGCUUUCGGGCCUCUCCAAGUCCACCUCGGAGAACGCCUUGGCCUCCGACGAGGCCGAACUACCCGACGAUCGCAAGAUCUCCGGCAGGAACCUCAAACCGGAGGUCCUGCUCGACCUUUCGAAAGUGCCCGACGAGGAGGUGGGUCCUGCGCCGACGCUGGACGUCGAUAGGGACGCGCUCCCCGCUGCGGGAACCAGGACGCUUGCCAGAAUCGGCAGUGAACGCGUCAGGGGCCAACCGAGGCCGCCACUUUCCAGGACCAGGGACAAGGACCUGGUCCGAUGUCCUGACCCCCAAGACGACGCGACUAGAGUCCUGGAACCUGGCCAACUGGCCCAGGAAAUCCUCAGAGAGAGCGCAACCCUCGAAGACGCCCUAGAUCGGGAUGCUGCAGAGGAACCUGCAGCGACCUCGGAUCGCAGAUCUCCCGAAGCCUCGUCAAUCUCCGAAAUCAGCCCAAAAGUUUCGUCGACGAGAGGACUCGCUACUCUGAGAAGAGCCCGAAGUUUGCGAGGGGAGGAGAAAGCUCAUCCGCCGGGUGAAGAUCGAAUUUGCAUUCCCAGCUCGGCCGAGGAUAUCGACUUCGAAAAUUUGGGCAGACUAUUACCGGAGGAACUCUCCCAGGAGAAGGUCUUAUCGGUGAGGAAAACCCCGAAGGACUCCUGGGCUUCGUCGGAGUCGCAUUACACGUCUCUACAGAGGGUGUCCAAAGACCUCGACUUCAGGCAGUCAUUGACAUCUGACGUUAUUGCCGAAGAACAACAUCAGAAGGCAUUAGAGAGACAAAGGGAGCACGUGCGGUAUCUCCAGAGGACCAGAUCACUAGAAGGCGAAGUCGAAGGCCCUCCUGGUCCAGAGCCGGGUACGUAA